AUGCCACCGCAGAAGAGUUUAAUUGCCGAAUUGUUGAAGAAACAAACGAAAGUGGAACACGAAUUAUCAGUGGAUCCACACGCACAGGAAAGUUCCUACUAUAAUCUUGACCUGCACGUUGGCGAUGAGAUUCGAUUGCCACAAUCAACUAAUACUACUUUUUCAAGUACCAGUGACCAAUUCUCCCCAACUUGUGCAGAAAACACUCAAAAAGCAGCAACUUCCAAUUAUGCUACUUCGGCAAACCAUCAGUAUAAUACAUAUGAAAGGACCAUCUAUCACUGUCCGCUAAGCAAUACAAACAUAUUUUCCGAAUUUCUGGAACUCAGUGAUUCUGGUUCUGCAGAGCUACCCACUGGUGGUUCUCGUGAUUCUCUGAACUCGCAUAACGCAUUCGAAAUUUUUGCAUGGAAUCAAAAAAAGAAAUGGGAGAAUCCCGGGGAAACAAACACAUAUGGAAUUGCAAGUGAAUAUUGCUACUGUUCGAACAAUAGCCAAGCCUACUGA